AGACUGUGCGCGCUGAGCAUCAACAUUACUAAUGUUGGGUGUACCCCGACGGAGCCCACAAGUAAAGGCCCCAAUCCAUGGCGCCCAAGAAGAAACGCGGGGUGAGCACGGGGCGCCGCGAGGAUGCCGAGCCGCAGCUGUCGGAGCGCGCGCAGUACCUGCAGCGCGAAUACACGACGCUCUCGGAGCAGCUGGCCACUUGCGAGGACCGCGUGGACCAGGUGCUUCAAGAGAACACCUUCCUGGACCGCGAGGCACAGCGCUUGCGCGAGGAGAACCGGCUCUACGCCAGCUAUAUGAGCACGCGCGCCCAGCGCUGCGCCAACGCCAUCAUCCGGCUGGAUGAGCAGAACCGCGUAGACCUGGCGCAGAUUCACUGGCAGCGUGCGGAGCUGGCGUUGCUCUACCACGGGCGCGAGGACGGGGUGCGCGCGCAGCUGCUGGAGAUGGAGGCGCGCGCAGCCCAGAUGGCGCGGCAAGUGCAGGAGCUGCAGCCCUUCAAGGACCUGCAGCUGGAGCAACUGGCACGGAUCCGGGCGCUGGAGCGCGAGCUGCUGCACAUGCGCGUGGAGCACACACAGCUGCUCCACCGUGUGAAGCGGCGCUUCCUAGAGGACAAGGCGGCUUUCGAGCGCGAGGCGCGUCAGCGUGUGCAGUCCCUGGCGAGGCGCGCGGAGCGGGAGGCUGCGCGCGCGCUCGUCGCCCACACUCAGGCCAUCAAGGCGGACAACGGGCGCCUGCGGCAGGAGCUGCUACGGCUGCUCCGCCGGGCCCAGUUGCUGCACCACACGCGGCGCCAGCUGCUGGAACAGCGAGAUAAACUGCGGUGCGAGCACGAGGACACGCGGGAUUUGGUGCGCGUGCACAAUUGGCUGCGCAGGGGCCCAGGUGGCCCGCUGCUCUGGCAGCCGCCAGACUCCCCGCGGCCUGCCUCGCGCCCGGGUUCGAUAGCCGCCCCCGUAGGCUCCGCGCACACUUCUCCCCAGGCCGGGUCUCUGGUUCCGUCGCGCGUGGCUUCCCGAGCCCGGUCUGUCCAGUCCCGCGCGGCCUCCCGAGACCCAUCUGUGGUCUGUUCACGCACAGCCUCUCGGGUCCCAUCUGUGAAUGCUUCGCGCGUGGCCUCCAGGGACUCAUCUCUGGUCUUGUCGCGCGUGGCCUCCCAGGUCCCAUCGCAGGUGGCCUCCAGGGUGCAAUCGAUGACCACUUCGAAGGCGGCCUCCCAGGUUCCAUCCCUGACGCCGUCACGCGCAAGCUCCCGGACGCUGUCAGUGGGACGGUCAGGCGAGGGCUCUAGGAUGUCUUCUCAGUCCUCAAUGGCCUCGCAGGACACCCUCUCCCUCGCGAAGUCUGUCCCCAAGACUUCCUCGGGUCUAUCCCGUGAUCGGGUUCUCACUCCACAGUCAGAGGAAGGCCUGAACACUGACACUGCCGCAGAAGCCUCCUCUGAGAGAGCCUGAAACUACAGGGAGGAAGGCCAAGGAGGCUCUGGGGUGGGUGAGCUGGUAUACAGGACGCUUACUAGGUGGCUGCAAUUGUUAAUAAAGAUGUGACCUAGCUUGUCCAGUC